CUCGGGGGCAAGAAGGGACGGACUUUUCAUCAUUCUAUCACCCGAAGGAAAUCUGAAAUUGCUCUGCCAGGUGUAUGGGACUUAACUUCUUGAACUGCGCUGUACUCUUAAAGGUAAAUUAUGACCACUUUACUCUUAGUGUUGGUGAGUUUGCGAGUCAUCACUGCAGCCAUUUCUGUGGAAGUUCCAGACCAUGGUAACUCACUGAGUGUGAGCAUCCCAGAGCCUUCUCCCCUUCGUGUCCUCCUGGGGAACUCUCUUACCAUCCCUUGCUAUUUCAUUGAUCCUGUGCACCCUGUGACAACAGCCCCUUCCACACCCCCACUCUCUCCCCGGAUCAAGUGGAGCCGCCUCUCAAAGGAGAAGGAGGUGGUCCUUUUGGUAGCCACUGAGGGUCGUGUGCGGGUCAACAGUGCCUACCAAGACAAAAUCUCAUUGCCCAACUACCCUGCCAUCCCCAGUGAUGCUACCCUGGAGAUCAACAACCUUCACUCCAACGACUCAGGCAUCUACCGUUGUGAGGUGAUGCAUGGCAUCGAGGACAGUCAGGCUACUCUGGAAGUCAUUGUGAAAGGCAUCGUGUUCCAUUAUAGGGCGAUCUCUACUCGCUACACUCUGGAUUUUCUGGAUGCACAGAAGGCUUGCAUACAGAAUAGUGCUGUCAUCGCCACACCUGAGCAGCUGCAGGCUGCCUAUGACGAUGGUUUCCACCAGUGUGAUGCUGGCUGGCUGGCUGACCAAACCGUCAGGUACCCUAUCCACAGCCCCCGGGAGGGUUGCUAUGGAGACAAGGAUGAAUUCCCUGGAGUGAGGACCUAUGGUAUUCGAGAUACCAAUGAGACCUAUGAUGUAUACUGCUUUGCAGAGGACAUGGAAGGAGAAGUCUUUUAUUCUACAUCCCCGGACAAAUUCACCUUUGAUGAGGCAGCAGAUGAGUGUCGGCGCCUGGGAGCCCGGCUGGCAACCACAGGGCAGCUGUACCUAGCCUGGCAGAGUGGAAUGGACAUGUGCAGUGCUGGCUGGCUGGCUGACCGCAGUGUCCGAUACCCCAUCUCCAAGGCGCGCCCCAAUUGCGGAGGCAACCUCCUAGGGGUAAGGACUGUGUACCGGCAUGCCAAUCAGACGGGCUACCCAGAUCCCUCAUCCCGCUACGAUGCCAUCUGCUACACAGGAGGGGACUUUAUUGAGAUCAUACCAGAAAAUUUUACAGAGGAUGUGAGCAGUGAAGGGGAGAUCACUGUUCAGACGGUCACUCAGCCUGAUGUGGAACUGCAGCUGCCCCAAAAUGUCACCAAGCAGGAGUCCCGAGGAAGCAUCAUCACCUCAGAGAAUGUCAUCACUCCUACUGGGCUUGAGGCUGAGGAGGCCUUCACUUGGACACUGGGUGGCACAGGCUUCCCAGAAAUGGAAAAUGAAACUGACAAGGCCACCAGACCAUGGGGCUUCCUUCCAGAGGUCACUGCCCCUUCCCACCAUGCUCUUUUCCCCAGUGAAGUCACAGAGGGGGUUGCCACUGCCACCCCUGAGCUGGAACCAGCCAUAGCUUUCACAGGAGAGGACUUGAUUGCACCAGUGACAGUUGUUCCAGGUGUUGCUGCUGUCCCUGAGCGACCGCUCUCACCAACAGGAGUUGUGUUCCACUACCGUCCAGGUUCCACCAGAUACUCUCUCACCUAUGAAGAGGCCCAACAAGCCUGCAGGGCCACGGGAGCUGUCAUUGCUACACCUGAACAGUUACAGGCAUCCUAUGAGGCCGGCUACGAGCAAUGUGACGCUGGCUGGCUGCAGGACCAGACAGUCAGAUACCCCAUUGUGAGUCCCCGGACCCAGUGUGUCGGAGAUAAGGACAGCAGCCCAGGGGUCAGGAGCUAUGGCCUGCGCCCUGCAUCAGAAACCUAUGAUGUAUACUGCUAUGUAGACUGGCUGCUGGGUGAGGUGUUCUUUGCCACUCGACUGGAGCUGUUCACCUUCCAAGAAGCCCAAGAAUACUGUGAAGAUCACAAUGCCACCCUGGCUUCUACAGGGCAGCUUUAUGCUGCCUGGCGCCGGGGCCUAGACAAAUGCCAUGCUGGCUGGCUGGCAGAUGGCAGCGUCCGCUACCCUAUCAUCACCCCCCGCUCUGCAUGUGGUGGGGACAAGCCAGGUGUUAGAACUGUCUACCUGUACUCCAACCAGACUGGCUUUCCUGAUCCCCUGUCCCGGCACCAUGCUUUCUGUUUCCAAGCUGGACCUUCUCUGGAGGAAGGAGAAGGUGGCACACAGACCCCCAUCAUUGAUGAAGAACUGAUUCCAACUCAGGUGGCUCCAGAGGAGACAGGAGUCCAAUUCAGAGAAUUUGAUGUUACCACAGUCCCUGAGAAUCAGACGGAGUGGGAAACAGAUUUUUUUCCAACAAAUACUUCAUUACUCUCAGGGAGUCCUUCAUCUUGGCCUGCUACCACUGCUAUUCCAGAAGAGAGUACUGGAGAGUCUUCUUUCAGUGGAGCACCUUCAGCCUCUGGAGAGCCAUCUGGUGCUCCAGAUGUGAGUGCCAGUGGGGAGCCAUCAGUCUCUGGAGAACCAUCUGGUGUUCCAGAUGUGAAUGCCACUGGGGAGCCAUCAGCUUCUGGAGAGCCAUCUGGUAUUCCAGAUGUGAGUGCCACUGAGGAGCCAUCAGCCUCUGGAGAACCAUCUGGUAUUCCAGAUGUGAGUGCCACUGGGGAGCCAUCAGCCUCUGGAGAGGCAUCUGGUGUUCCAGAUGUGAGUGCCAGUGGGGAGCCAUCAGCUUCUGGAGAGCCAUCUGGUGUUCCAGAUGUGAGUGCCAGUGGAGAACCAUCAACCUGGGGAAAACCAUUUGGUGUUACAGAUGUGAGUACCAGUGGAGAGCCAUCAGCCUCUGGAGAACCAUCUGGUGUUCCAGAUGUGAGUGCCAGUGGGGAGCCAUCAGCCUCUGGAGAGCCAUCUGGUGUUCCAGAUGUGAGUGCCAGUGGGGAGCCAUCAGCCUCUGGAGAGCCUUCUGGUGUUCCAGAUGUGAAGCCAUCUGGUAUUCCAGAUGUGAGUGCCAGUGGAGAACCAUCAACCUGGGGAGAGCCACUUGGUGUUCCAGAUGUUAGUGCCAGCGGGGAGCCAUCAGUCUCUGGAGAGCCAUCUGGUGUUCCAGAUGUGAGUGCCAGUGGAGAACCACCAACCUGGGGAGAGCCACUUGGUGUUCCAGACGUGAGUGCCAGUGGGGAGCCAUCAGCCUCUGGAGAACCAUCUGGUGUUCCAGAUGUGAAACCAUCUGGUAUUCCAGAUGUGAGUGCCAGUGGGGAGCCAUCAGUCUCUGGAGAGCCAUCUGGUGUUCCAGAUGUGAGUGCCAGCGGGGAGCCAUCAGCCUCUGGAGAGCCAUCUGGUGUUCCAGAUGUGAGCGCCAGUGGGGAGCCAUCAGUCUUUCCAGAGCCAUCUGGUGUUCCAGAUGUGAGUGCCAGUGGGGAGCCAUCAGCCUCUGGAGAGCCAUCUGGUAUUCCAGAUGUGAGUGCCAACUUCAUUGCUAGUGGAGAAGCUUCAGGAGAAUUUGAAACAAGAGGUGAGCCCUAUGAGGGUAGUGUAAGUGGACUGCCCUCUGGUGACCUGGACUUCAGUGGUCUUUCAUCUGGAGAUGUCUCUGGGCUACCUGGGGAGAGUGGAUUGGCUUCAGGGGAAACGGAUGGAAGUGGCUGGUCUAGCACCACGGAAGUGAGUGGACUAUCUUCAGGAGAUGACAUAGUUGGGUCUGCUUCUGAACACUUGGACCUUGGGGGACUGCCUUCUAGAACUCUAGGGAGUGGCCAAACUCCAGAAACAAGUGGUUUGCCAUCUGGAUUUAGUGGUGAGCACUCUGGGGUGGACUUUGAAAGUGGUCUCUCAUCUGGACUGCCUGAUUUGAGUGGAUUUCCAUCCGGAUUCCCAACUGUCUCUCUUCUUGAAACUACAUUGGUGGAAGUGGUCACGACAACCACUGCCAGUCAGUUGGAAGGGAAGGGGACCAUUGGAAUUAGCGGUCAAGGAGAAAUAUCUGGGCUAACAUCUGGAGAGUGGGACAUUAGUGGAGCAACUAGUGGACUACCUUCAGGAACUGAGCUCAGUGGACAGGUGUCUGGAAUUCCUGAAGCAAGUGGAGAAACAUCUGGACUAUUUGACAUCAGUGGGGAUGCAUCUGGAACUCCAGAGGUCAGUGGAGAAACAUCUGAAAUAUUUGGAAUCAGUGGACAGGCAUCUGGCUUUUCUGUUGCCAGUGGAGAGACAUCAGGAGUUUUUGACUUAACUCAGAAACCAUCUGAAGUACCCCAUCUUGGUGGUCGACCCUCUGGAUUACCUGAUGCCAGUGGAGAGCCUUCUGGUGUAAUAGAUAUCAGUGGGGAGACACCUGGAGUACUAUUUGGCAGUGGGCAACCAUCUGGAGUAACUGACCUCAGUGGAGCAACAUCUGGUGUAUCUGAUAUCAGUGGGCAAUCAUCUGGAGUACCUGGGUUCAGUGGUGAAACAUCUGGAAUCUCUGAUCUGAGUGGGGUGGGUGAUCUCAGUGGUUCAGGUUCUGGGACUGUAAGUGGCAGCGGUGAAUCUCUCAGUGUAACAUUUGUUGAUCCUGGUUUUGUUGAAGUGGCCCCAACUGCAUUCAGGGAAAAAGAAGAAGGUUUAGGUUCUGUGGAAAUAAGCGGCUUUCCUUCUGGAGAAGCAGAUAUAUCAGGUAAAUUCUCUGGAACUGUGGAUUUCAGUGGGCAAUCUUCUGGAACCAUAGAGUCCAGUGGGCUUGCUUCAGGUGCCCCAGAAUUUAGUAGCCUGCCAAGUGGGUCAGUGGAGCUCAGUGGAGAACCCUCAGGAACAGGGAUUGUAAGUGGCCUGCCAUCUGGAGAAUAUGACAGUAGUGGACUUUCAUCUGGUUUCCCCACAGUAUAUCUUGUGGAUAGAACUUUGGUUGAAUCUACAAGCCCAGCUCCAACAGCAGAAGAGGCAGGAGAAGGACCUUCUGGGAUCUUAGAAAUCAGUGGGACCUCUUCAGGAGAAGCUGAAGCCUCUGGGGAAAUAUCUGGAACUCCAGACUUCAGUGGGUCACAGCCAGGGUUGAUAAAGACCAGCAGAGAAUCAUCUAGCACACCAUCUUUUAGUGGAGAUUUUUCUGGGGUCACCGAUAUAAGUGGAGAAUCAUUGGCAGUCACUAGCAGCAGUGGAGAGGCCUCAGGAUUUCCGCAAGUCACUUUGAUUACCACAGAUUUAGUGGAAGCAGUUACCAAACCAACAGCUUUGCAGGAACUCGGUCAAGGAUCUCCCGUGACACUCCCUCAUUUUGUUGAGGCCAGUGGGGAGUCAUCUGUUUCUGGUGAAUUCAGUGGAAUGUCAACAACCUAUGAAACUGAGGUACAGGCAACAGCAGUUCCCAAGGUAAGUGGAGAGUCCUCGGCAUAUCCUGAAGGAUCUGCUGCCCCGGAUGUAAGCAGCACAACCUCUGCACUUUAUGAAACUGACCACGAGGUAUCUUCAUCAUCGAAUGGAAGUGGGGAAACAUCUACUCUCCAGGAAGUAACCAGUGAACCAUUCUCCACACCUGACCUGAGUGGAGACUCAUCUGCCUUUCCUGAGGUCUCCGAGGAAACAUCUGCCACACAUGACAUUAGUGGAGAGACAUCCAGCCCCCGAAAUGUGGACUUAGGAACACCGUCUGUGCCUCUGGCCAGUGGUGAAUCCCCUGUGAGUCUAGAAGACAGGACUGAAGUUAGUGGGGAAGCUUCUGGACUUCCAACCCUUCCCCUACCAGAUAUUUCAGGUGACACCUCUCUGUCAGACGUAGUUAUUAGCACCAGUACUUCAGAGACUGAAUUCAGGCAUCAGACCCAAAGCCCUGAAGAGGCUCAAACAGAAAUUGAGUCCUCUAGUCCCUUAGUAUCAGGAGAAGACACUGAAAGAUCUGGAACAGUGCCCUCCCCGACAGCCGCUUCCAUUGCAUCUCAAGUCUCUCCAGACAAGAAAGAAGAAUCGGAAUCCACAACUGAAGACAUCGAUGAAUGCCACUCAAACCCCUGUCUGAACGGAGGUACCUGCGUGGAUGGCAUCGACUCUUUCACAUGCUUAUGCCUUCCCAGCUACGGAGGGGACCUGUGUAAGAUCGACCAGGAGAUUUGCGAAGAGGGCUGGACCAAAUUCCAGGGACACUGUUACCGGCACUUCCCUGAUCGGGAAACCUGGGUAGAUGCAGAGAGCCAAUGUCGACAGCAUCAAUCUCACCUAAGCAGCAUUGUCACACCUGAAGAGCAGGAGUUUGUCAACAACAAUGCCCAGGACUACCAAUGGAUUGGACUCAAUGACAGAACUAUCGAAGGUGAUUUCCGUUGGUCAGAUGGACACCCCUUGCAAUUUGAGAACUGGAGGCCCAACCAACCAGACAACUUCUUUGCCACUGGGGAAGACUGCGUAGUGAUGAUCUGGCAUGAGAAGGGCGAAUGGAAUGAUGUCCCUUGCAACUAUCACUUGCCGUUCACAUGUAAAAAGGGUACAGUGGCUUGUGGAGACCCUCCUGCAGUUGAACAUGCUAGGACCUUUGGACAGAAAAAGGACCGGUAUGAAAUCAACUCAUUGGUCCGGUACCAGUGCAAAGAGGGCUUUGUCCAGCGCCAUGUGCCUACAAUCCGAUGCCUACCUAGUGGACAUUGGGAAGAGCCACAGAUAGCCUGCAUAGACCCUGCCACCUAUAAGCGACGACUACAAAGGCGGAACUCUCAGCCCCAGAGGAGCAAGGUCCACAGCACAGCCCACUAGACAGUAAAUCCCCUGCCAGAGAGCCAAAAAGGACAGAAUGAGCCGACAGACCUUACAGAACUGACACUAUUUCAUGGAGUCAUUGUCACCUUCUUGUUGCUUUCUGUCAUAUAAGGAAUUACAUUAAAAAGGAAAAAAACCCACAUCAUGUAUAUACCCACCCCCCAAAAAAUCAUCCCCCCAAAUAUUUUGUUUCAUUUUCUCUUAGCAAAGCACUAAAGCAAACAAACUAGAUUCCAGCCACAUUUUUUUUCCCCACAGUCUGAGUUUAGGUACUUUUCUUCAAUUUCAUGUUGUGCCUAUUUCAGGGACCAGGGCAGGGACGGGGGGAGGAGGGAACACAGGGAGGGGGUUAAGUUAAAUAAAGAAGAUUAUUUUUUGUUUCCUGAUUUUAUCCAAGAACAAUGUAAUUAUUUGUUAUUUAAUCUCCAAGAAGGGCUAGCAGAGGGAGAGGGAGAGUGGGAUCAUGUGGAUGUUCCAGAGACAGAGGACCUGAAGAAUACUGUACUAGUGAACUGUAGUUGAAUGUAUCAGAAGAGAAGGGGGUAGAAGG